UCAGUCGGAGGAGCUGACGAUUAUAAUUACUUUGCGAGGCACCGUUCAGUUUGUCUCGAUAACUUGCUGCGGUAGGAGACUACUUGAACGCUGAACUUAGGUAGUGCGAUUAGCUUCACAGUCGGCUAGUGGUGUUCUGAGGCGGAUCCAAUCAUGGGAGCCAUGUUUAGGAGUGAGCAGAUGGACCUUGUCCAGCUGCUUAUCCAACCUGAAGCAGCUUAUCCGUCGCUAGCUGAGCUGGGAGAACUAGGCAUUGUCCAGUUUCGGGAUCUUAAUGCGGAUAUUAAUGUGUUCCAACGGAAGUACACCAGCGAAAUUAGAAGAUGCGAGGAGAUGGAACGAAAAAUCAAUUAUAUCCGUCGGGAAUUAACUAAGGACGAGGUCACCACUCCGGAUCUCUCGGAAAAUAUCCCAAGAACUCCGAAUUCGCGUGAAAUUAUCGAUCUCGAAGCCGCUCUGGAGAAGACCGAAAACGAGAUCAUGGAAUUAUCGGAGAAUAGCAAUGCACUGCUGCAAAACUAUAUGGAACUUAUCGAGUUGAAAAGUGUGCUAGAAAAAACUCAAGGAUUUUUCUCUGAUAAAUCAGCAGUGCAGAAUCUGGAGGGCACCGGCGGCGAUCCGAAUAAUGAGAAUAAACCGCUGGGUUUCGUGGCCGGAGUGAUCCCACGUGAGCGCAUCAUUGGCUUUGAACGGAUGCUUUGGCGCGUAUCACGUGGUAACGUUUUUCUACGUCAGGCACCGAUUGAUAAGCCGCUGACGGACCCGCGCUCGGGCGAUGAAGUACACAAGAUUGUUUUUGUUGCCUUCUUCCAAGGUGAACAGCUAAAGUCUCGCGUCAAGAAGGUUUGCAGUGGCUAUCAUGCUUCACUUUACCCGUGCCCAAAUGAGUACACCGAACGUGCAGAAAUGCUACAAGGUGUUCGCAUCCGCAUUGAGGACCUCAAUAUGGUUAUCAACCAGACCAAGGAUCAGCGUCAGCGAGUGCUUCUAAGCGUUGCCAAAGAGGUUCCUAAGUGGGAGAUCAUCGCGAAAAAGGUUAAAGCGAUCUAUCAUACUUUGAAUAUGUUUAACGUGGAUGUCUCUAAGAAGUGCCUGUUUGGUGAAGCUUGGGUUCCAACCGCCAAUCUACAGAAUGUAAAGAAUGCUUUGAUUAGCGGGUCAUCGGCGGUGGGAAGUACGGUGCCAUCAUUUCUGAAUGUCAUUUCAACCCAUGAAGAUCCACCUACCUUUAAUCGUACCAACAAAUUCACACAGGGAUUCCAGAAUUUAAUCGAGUCGUAUGGCAUUGCUUCGUACCGCGAAUGCAAUCCGGGUUUGUACACCAUUAUAACGUUCCCAUUCUUGUUCGCUAUUAUGUUCGGUGACUUGGGUCACGGAUUGAUUCUAUUUCUGCUUGGUCUCUGGAUGGUGUUGUGGGAAGAAAGCCUUAAUAAAAAUAAGGAUGAAAUUUGGCAGCUAUUCUUCGGUGGUCGAUAUAUCAUUUUGCUAAUGGGUUGCUUUUCAAUGUACACCGGUUUCGUUUACAAUGAUGUCUUCUCAAAGACCAUGAACAUCUUCGGAUCAUCGUGGACAGUGAAUUAUAAUACAUCCACUGUUAUGACGAACGUAGAACUACAAAUGAACCCUAGUGAAGAUUACUCAGAGACGGUUUACUGGUACGGCCUUGAUCCUCUUUGGAUGCUUGCUUCGAACAAAAUCAUUUUCUUGAAUUCCCUUAAGAUGAAGCUAUCGAUUAUUUUCGGUGUGGUACAUAUGAUCUUCGGUGUUUGCAUGAGUGUCGUGAAUCAUGUUCACUUCAGAAAGCCGAUUAAUAUUCUGCUGGAGUUCAUACCGCAGCUACUAUUCCUUUUGCUGUUGUUCCUGUACAUGUGCUUCAUGAUGUUCUUCAAGUGGGUUCAGUAUACCGCCGUUACAGAAGAUGAUGCGUUGAAACCAGGAUGUGCCCCAUCCGUGUUGAUUAUGUUCAUUAAUAUGAUGCUAUUUAAGGAACAGAAACCGCUCGACGGUUGCAAAGAGUUCAUGUUCGAGGGACAGAAAGAUCUACAAAUGGUGUUUAUUUUUAUUGCACUGCUCUGUAUUCCAUGGUUGUUAUUGGCAAAACCUUUUUAUAUUAUGUCAACUCGUAAGAAUAAACCCGUCGGUGCUAACCAUAUAGCUUCCGGAGGCCAUGGAGACCACGACGAAGAACCAAUUAGUGAAAUUUUCAUCCACCAGUCGAUCCACACGAUUGAAUACAUUCUAAGUACCAUCUCACACACGGCUUCUUAUUUGCGACUGUGGGCUCUGUCGCUGGCACAUGCUCAGCUGUCUGAGGUUCUGUAUACUAUGGUUUUCCAUAUUGGGCUGAAGUCGGAAGGAUUCGUCGGAUCUAUCAUGAUUUACGUAGUCUUCUGGCCAUGGGCGGUGUUAACCAUUGGUAUUCUCGUUGGAAUGGAAGGCUUGUCUGCUUUUUUGCACACAUUGCGUCUCCAUUGGGUGGAAUUCAUGUCGAAGUUCUACGAAGGUUUGGGUCAUCAAUUCCAGCCGUUUUCUUUCAAAGCUAUGUUAGAGGCUGAACAGGAAGAGAAAUAAUAUUUAUAAAUAAUAAAUAUAAAGCUUUGAAAUGUUAACAUAUGCAAUAAACGUGCGUAGUAGUGAAUAGCUUGAUAUGCAAGAA